AUGUCUAUCUUCCUAUAUAUCCUCUUUAUCUUCCCUAUCCUUUUGAUAUUCUUUACAAACUAUUUACCUUCGAAAAGGAAGCUUCCUCCAGGACCUAAGGGUCUUCCGAUCAUCGGAAACUUGCACCAGCUUGGGAGAUUGCUUCACAGUUCUCUUCACAAGCUCUCUUUAGAACAUGGACCAGUCAUGCUUCUCCAUUUCGGGGUCGUCCCAAUGGUCGUGUUCUCUUCCAAGGAAGCAGCUAAAGAGGUUCUCAAGACUCAUGACUUAGAGACUUGCAACCGACCAAAGUUGGUGGCGAACGGGUUGUUUACUCACAACUUCAAAGACAUUGGGUUCACUCAGUAUGGCGAGGACUGGAGAGAGAUGAAAAAACUCGUGGGGCUCAGCUCUUUAGUCCGCAAAAGCAAAAGUCUUUCAGGUAUAUAUAUCAGAGAGGAAGAGUGUGACUUGCUUGUCAAGGAAAUAUCAAAAUCGGCUCGAACACAAACCUUAUUGGAUUUGAGAAAAGCCCUUUACUCCUUCACCGCCGGUAUCAUAUUUAGAAUCGCCUUUGGACAGAACUUCCGCGAGUGUGAUUACAUCGAUAUGGACAGAAUUGAGGAGCUGGUGCAAGAGUCAGAAACCAACGUAUGUGCCUUGGCAUACACUGACUUCUUCCCCACGGGUCUCGGUUGGUUUGUUGACCUGGUCUCCGGUCAGCAUUCGAGGAUGAACAAAGCCUUUUCUAAACUAACUAAUUUCUUUUAACAAGUGAUCGAUGAGCACUUCAAGAUCGCACAACCCCAAGAUCAUUCAGACCUUGUCAGUGCCAUGUUGAAUAUGAUCAAUAGACCCACUAACUCCGGUUAUUUAAACAUCACCUCUGAGCAUCUUAAAGCAAUGAUGACGGUGAGUGAGAUCAUAUCUCUUAACAAGUACGGAAUUUACUGGCCCGGUGAAUCGCAUCUCACAAGAAUCACAGAAGAAGAUUUAGAGAAAGUUGAGUACUUGAAGCUAGUGAUCAAAGAAACAUUCAGAUUACAUCCACCUGCUCCUCUCUUGCUCCCAAGACAAACAAUGUCUGACAUCGAGAUUCAAGGCUACACCAUUCCCAAAAACACCAUGAUCAAGAUCAACACUUACACAAUAGGACGUGAUCCCAAAUCUUGGACUAACCAUGAAGAAUUCAUUCCUGAGAGGUUUUCCAAUAACCUUAUCAACUACAAGGGUCAGCAUUUUGAGCUCUUGCCCUUUGGAGCUGGACAUAGGAGCUGUCCUGGUAUGGCCUUGGGAAUCACCAUUCUUGAGCUUGGCCUUCUUAACAUUCUUUACUUCUUCGACUGGAGUUUGCCCAAUGGAAUGACUAUUGAAGAGAUUGACAUGGAAGAAGCAGGAGAUUUAAACAUUGCCAAGAAAGUCCCUCUUGAGCUCGUACCAACUCUUUGUCACUCGUAA